AUGGAUGAUUCCAAAGGAGAUAGCGAAUCCCUACCAGGGGAUGUACAUCCAGAUGAUGCAGAUGUCACUUCUGAAAACGAUAAGACAGGUGAUAACAACGACGACGAGAGAAACGAAGAGAACGAUGAUAAUAAUGAGACUCACCAAAAAACCACAACAGGGGUACAAUCCGAGGGUAAAGAUGUGAUCAAAGAUAAAGUUGUUGAAGAUAACACUGACGAUGAUAAAAAUAGCCAAAAAGGAGAAAAAGAUGAAAAUGAAGGAAACGUUGAAGACGAAGAAGUUGAAAAAGAUGCGACCAGCCAUGAGAGUCAACCUGAAGAAGGGGAGACAAACGAUGCAGACGACAACAACGAAGCAGAACAUGACGGCGAACGUACUAACGAAG